AGGCGCGCUUCACCCUUGAGUCAGUUCAGGCUGCGGCUGCUGAGGUUGAGGAGGGGGAGGUAGCGCAGGCCAUGUGGCCCACCCUGCGUUACGUGAGCGGUGUCUGCGGACCGGCCCGUUGCUGCGUUACUGGAAUUUUCCUCCGCGCAAGAGGGCCGGCGUCCAGGGUGCCCGGGCUACUGUGCGGGGGUGGCCGCAGCUCUAGCACCAGCUCCUUUGAUAUAGUCAUCGUUGGAGGUGGAAUUGUGGGGCUUGCCUCUGCCAGAACACUCAUCCUGAAACAUCCUGGACUUUCGAUUGGUGUGGUGGAAAAGGAGAAAGAUUUAGCUCUUCACCAGACUGGACGGAACAGUGGUGUUAUACAUAGUGGAAUCUACUAUAAACCGGAAUCUCUGAAAGCUAAAUUGUGUGUAGAAGGCGCAGCCCUCAUCUAUGAGUACUGUGACCUCAAGGGAAUUCCCUACAGGCAGUGUGGCAAGCUAAUAGUAGCUGUUGAACAAGAAGAAAUUCCUAGACUUCAGGCCCUGUAUGAGCGAGGCCUACAGAAUGGAGUCCAAGGCUUGAGGCUGAUCCAGCAAGAGGAUAUAAAAAAGAAGGAACCAUAUUGCAGGGGUUUAAUGGCUAUCGAUUGUCCAUACACUGGCAUUGUGAACUACCAACAGGUAGCUUUGUCAUUUGCCCAGGAUUUCCAAGAAGCAGGUGGCUCUAUCUUGAAAGAUUUUGAGGUAAAAGAUAUUGAAAUAGUUAAAGAAAACCCUUCAAGAAGUAAGGAUGGGAUGAAAUACCCAAUUGCUGUCAAGAAUAGUAAGGGAAAGGAAAUUCGGUGUCGAUACGUUGUGACAUGUGCCGGUCUUUACUCAGACCGUAUUUCAGAGUUGAGUGGCUGCAAUCCUGACCCUCAAAUUGUCCCAUUCAGAGGAGAUUACCUGAUCUUAAAGCCAGAAAAGGGCUACCUUGUAAAAGGAAAUAUUUAUCCGGUCCCGGACAGCCGGUUUCCAUUCCUAGGAGUUCACUUUACACCAAGGCUGGAUGGCACUAUCUGGCUAGGGCCUAAUGCAGUGCUUGCCUUCAAACGGGAGGGUUACAGACCCUUUGACUUUGAUGCCAGAGAUGUUAUGGAAGUAAUUCUCAAAAGUGGUUUCAUUAAACUGGUGUUUCAGAAUUUUUCUUAUGGAGUUAAUGAAAUAUAUAAAGCCUGUUUUCUUAGUGAAACAGUGAAGCAUCUUCAAAAGUUCAUUCCUGAAAUUACCAUCAGCGAUGUACUUCGAGGCCCUGCUGGAGUGCGAGCCCAGGCCCUGGACAGAGAUGGAAAACUGGUAGACGAUUUUGUGUUUGAUGGAGGAACUGGCGAGAUUGGAGACCGAGUUCUUCAUGUGAGAAAUGCACCUUCGCCUGCUGCCACUUCCUCCCUGGCAAUUUCUAGAAUGAUAGCAGAGGAAGUACAGCAACGGUUUAAGUUAUGAAUGACGGAGGUGCUGUGCUUGCAUUAUAGUCCCUACAUCUGUAACGAGAGUCUACAGGGUGCGGUUUAAAGUUAUAGUUUAAGAAAAUGGUUUUAAAACCAUGUUUUUAAGGUUAAAAUAACCAUUGACUUACUAGCAGGAUACAGUAGAUAUAAUAAUUUAAAAAACUUCAGGUCCAUAUUCUUGUGAACUGAAGAAAGAAAUGAAGUGUAUCACUACCUGUUCUGAACUUCAAGUUUAUUAGAGACUUACCCCAACCCACCUCAAUCUAGGAAGGGCUCUUAUAGAAUGUUUGGGAAGACAGCAUAAAAGAUGGACUGUCCCUAAAUAAAUGUUUGGAUUUAUAAUAUUUUUCCUUUUUCUAAAUAACUGUUUAUUUAAAAAACAAAAAUGCUUGAUUUCAAGAAAAUAAGUGAAAUUUUGCAUUUCUAAGUAGCAUAGAACAAACUCAGUCUUGUACUCGCAGUCCUGCAGUAUGACACUGUCACUCCAUGUGAAUAGCAGUGUGCUUGUGUGCUUGCUGCCUACACUGCAGUUUUCUAUGGCUGAGAAAUGAAAGUCCCUAAAGGGACUGUGGUUUUAUAUGUGCAGCUUAAAAUCCUGACCCUGGGUGUGUCACUGUGUAAUUUUAACCAAUUAUGUGUUUCACACCUUAGUCACUUGGUCACACUAAGGUUCCCAAGAUGUUGGCCAGGAUUAUUAAUGAUUCAUAUCUACUUGGGUUUUCAGAAUUCCUAUAAACUUUGUGAGGACAUUUCUCCAUUUUUGGUUAAUAUCUAACUUGGAGGCAUUCACUUUUGUAAACCGCGAAAGUGCCUUACAUUCUUCAUACUUACUUCACUAACAUGUUGAGUUGGUGCCAAGUGCCAUACUGUGUGUGUGCAUGUGCAUAUGUGUGUGCGGAGUGCCAUAUUGUUACUGUGUAUACUGUAUGUAUGGAUGUGUAGUACCAUGUUGUAUAGUGUGUAUAUGUAUGUGUGUAGUACCAUAGUAUAUUCUGUGUAUAUGUAUGUGUGUGUGUGUGUGUGCACACGCAUGCAUGCAUGUGUUUUAGCUAGUAAAGUGUGUCUUACAAUUCAGAAAGUUGUAAAAUAGAAAUGUAAGUGAAGAACUGGUAACCUGUCCAUGGGAACAGCCAGCACUUAGGGGAGACACUUCAUCUGUCCUCUCCCGAGUGUUCUCUCAGGGUUAAUUUUCCUUUUCCUCGACAAUACUGUGAUGGAUGUAUGAGAAGAAUGUGCAUGCUGAUAGGAAAACCUUUUCUUUUUUUUUUUUUUUUUUUCUCUUCACUUCAGCCCUUGGUGGUUACAUUUAUUAAGCUAUCUAAUCUAUUCAUUUAAAAGGAUACAUACUGUGGGCUUUGUUCAAGAGGCGACAUAUCCCAGGUAAAUAGAUGAGAUAGUUAUUCAACCCUUGGGCUGGGCAUAUUGAAACAUUCAGAAAUCAUUUACAGAAAAAACGAAUCCUAAUGGUCCUCCAUAACAACUAAUUCCAAAAGAAACACACUGCACAGAGUACUUUUCUGUUCUAAGACUUAAGUGAUACAAACAUUACAUUAAGAUUGUUUUACUUUACGAAUAAGAUAAGAAUAUCUUCCUUUUAGAUGUGGUGAGAGAAGUAUGCAUUGGUUUUGUUUCAUCAACUGUGAAACCUGUGCACAUACACUAAGCUGUGAAAAAAUAAAGUUACAAAAUAUAAAACACAAAAAUAACUAUCAUGAUUGAAGCAAUUCUUACUCCAUUGGGGUCUGUAUUGUAUGCCCCAAAAUAAUAGUGAAAAUUUGUUGAAAUAUGUCAAUCUGUUUGUAAAAUAUUUGAUAUUUAUGUCAAUAGGACUUUUGUUAAAUACUGAUAUAUAGGAAUUUUUGUGUCUUUCUGAGAAAAUAAAAGUGUAUAUUAGUA